AUGAGUGGAAAGGAAAGUGACAGGUGUUCGACGCCAGAAAAAACUAAACGGAAACGAGGAGAAAGUUCCAAAACCUAUUCUCACAAAAAACAAAACUUUAGACAAGAAUGGUUAACAAAUAAAGAUUUUAGCAAUUGGUUGUUGCCAGUUAAUAAUAAUAAGUUAUUAGCUAAGUGUAAGUUAUGUAUUACAGAAAUGACUGCUGAAUUGAGUGUACUUAAAAAACAUGCUCAAACAAAAAAACACAAAAGUUCGAUGAGUUCCAUUGGUAGUAAACAAAAUUCGAUAAGUACAUUUUUAAAUAAUACAGAUCAAUUUAAGUUAGCAGAUCAAACUAAAAAAGCUGAAGUAUUACUUUGUAGUUUUAUAAGUGAACAUAAUUUACCAUUCAAUAUUAGCGAUCAUUUGGUAAAAACAUGUAAAGCAGCAUUCCCGGACUCAAAAAUUUGUUCAAAUGUAUCAUUGGCUCGUACAAAAUCAACAGCUCUUGUAUCUAAUGUUAUUGGACAUUAUUCUCUUGAAGAACUUGUUAAUGUUUUGCAAAACACAGUGUUUAGUGUGAUAAUUGAUGAAAGCACUGAUGUUGGCUGUGUGAAAACAAUGUGCAUAUGUGUAAAGUAUUUCGACAGUACAUCCAAUUUUUUCGAAACAAGAUUUUUCAAGCUCGUCCAGUUGUUUGAGGAUGUACAAAGUGCAGACAAAGGAGCUACUGGUCAAAAAAUAUUUGAUGAAGUUCUUAAAGCUUUCACAGAUUCUAAAAUUUCGUUGGAUAAUUUAAUCGGAUUUGCUUCAGAUGGUUGCAACACUAUGUUUGGUGCAUGUUUACGCCGAUGGAUGUAG